GAGGGAGGGAGGGAGGGGGCAAGGCAGAGGGAGUGCUUGUGGGGAAGAGGAACAGAAGACUUGUCGGACUUGGGAGUGGGGAAGCGAAUAUAAGGCAAGUAACGAGCACUAAAGAAACAUGCCAAGAAAACGGGUGCUGGAAAAAGAUGACGCUGUCAAAGUGAAGCGGACUAAAGUCAGCCAUCAGUCGCACCAGACGGAGCCCGGACUGGUUCUGACCUUGGGGCAGGGCGACCUUGGGCAAUUGGGCCUCGGACCGGACGUCUUGGCGCGGAAGAGGCCUGCCCUGCUGCAGCUCCCCGAGAAGAUCAUCCAGGCUGAAGCGGGAGGGGUUCACACGGUGUGCCUCAGUGAAACAGGCCAAAUUUACACUUUUGGUUGCAACGACGAGGGUGCCUUGGGGAGGGACACAUCAGAGGAGGGGUCCGACUUUUUGCCGGGACUUGUUGAUCUGAAGGAGAAGGUGGUGCAGGUUUCUGCUGGGGACAGCCACACGGCAGCACUGACAGACGACGGGCGUGUCUUCAUCUGGGGAGCUUUCCGGGAUGAGAAUGGAGUCAUCGGUUUACUGGCUCCUUUGAAGGGCGGAGAGCAGUUGGAGUCUUCCAGUGGCAGUGCUGUUCCUGUGGAGCUGCAGUUGGAUGUGCCAGUUGUUAAAAUUGCCUCAGGGAGCCAUCACUUGGCAUUAGUGUCCAUGGCAGGAGGACUUUACACCUGCGGUUGCGGAGACAACGGCCAACUGGGGCGAGUCCCCCAAGUCUUCACUGCCAGAGGAGGAAGAAAAGGAUUGGAACGGCUGCUGCUCCCACAAGCUGUCGCUAUCAAGCAGAGAGGCUGCAAGACCAAGGGGCAGAUCCGGGACGUCUUCUGCGGUUCUUACUCCACCAUCGCCAUCACCCAGGAGGGCCAUGUCAUUGGGUUUGGCCUCUCCAAUUACUACCAGCUGGGAUCACAAGGAAUUGACACCUACUAUUCGCCAAAGGUUCUGACGGCGUUCAAGAACUCCACCAGAUCCUGGGUUGGGUUCUCAGCUGGGCAGCAUCACACUGUGUGUCUGGACUCGGAAGGAACCGUGUGUAGCCUUGGCAGGGCAGACUACGGCAUGUUGGGCCUGGGAGAGGGAGCGUCGGACAAGAACGCCCCCACAGCUGUCCCUGGGCUGCCGAAAGCGUCAUCGGUCGCCUGUGGGGAGCGGGUUGGCUUUGCGGUUACGGAAGACGGCUGCGCAUUUGCCUGGGGUAUGGGGUCUAAUCUCCAGCUUGCCACUGGGGACGAAGAGGAUGCCUGGAGCCCCGUUCAGAUGUCUGGCCAGCAGCUGGAGAAUCGCAGCGUUCUCUCUGUGACCGGCGGAGGGCAGCACACCGUCCUCCUCGUCAAGGAGCGGCAGAGUUGACAAACUGUUCCUGCAGCCCCGGAGAGAACCCUCCAGGGGGCAGCACUUUCCUGAGUCUUUGGGACGGGGCUCCUGCGGAAAACUUUCUGAUAUUUCUCUAGGGAGAAAAAUUAGCCAAUAUAAAAUAAUUCCCUUAAGAUGUUGGUAUUUGUUUAAAAAAUGGCUUCCCUCACUGCUCUCAAAGCUAUUGAUAGUCAGGACAAGGUCUUAUUUAAAAAAAAUAAAAA